AUGCGGCCAUUCUCAAAACUCCUCAAGCCCCCGAGAUUUGCAUUCUCAUUCGUCUCCCAAACAAAUUCCCAUCAUUUCCAUACAAGUGCGCGCAUCAUGUCGUUUGAAACCACCGCCACCAUCGCCUCCUUUGGGGGCAAGAUGCUCAAGCUCAAACACAAGUCUUCAAGUACCAACACUGACAUGGAGCUCAACGUCUUCCUACCUCCCCAAGCUUUCAAGUCUGGAGCCAAGGUCCCAGUUCUAAUCUAUCUGUCUGGUCUCACUUGUACUGCAAACAAUUGCUCGGAAAAGGGCUUCUUCCAGCAUGGCGCAGCAAAGCACGGCAUUGCGAUUGUUUACCCAGACACCUCACCACGAGGUCUUCAAAUUGAGGGCGAAGACGAGGCAUAUGACUUUGGAUCGGGUGCAGGCUUCUACGUUGACGCGACCAAGGAGCCAUGGACCAAGGGCUACAACAUGUACUCAUACAUCACCAAAGAGUUACCAGAAGCCUUGUUCUCAUCAUUCAAGGAGCUCGACUCGAGUAAAGUCAGCAUCACAGGUCACAGCAUGGGAGGUCACGGCGCGUUGACACUGUUUCUCAAGAAUCCCGGCAUGUACAAGUCCGUUUCAGCCUUUGCGCCAAUCUCCAAUCCGAUCAACUGCCCGUGGGGCCAGAAGGCGUUCAAGGGCUAUUUCGGUGAAGACCAACAACAAAAGUGGAAAGAGCACGAUGCGACAGAGCUGGUCAAGCAGUGGAAGGGGCCUUUGGAGAUGCUGAUUGACGUGGGCACCGGAGACAACUUCUACAAGCAGAAACAAUUGCUACCUGAGAACUUCAUCGAGGCAGCCAAGAGCGUGGGCUUGGACAAGGGCAUCCAGCUUCGUAUGCAGCCCGACUAUGAUCACAGCUACUACUUCAUGUCCACGUUCGCAGAUGAUCACGUUGAGUGGGCGGCAAAGCACUUCGGCCAAUACGGCUCAGGCUCGACGCACAAACUGUAG